AUGCCGUCAAACAAAAAGAAUUUUAAACUCGGUAACGAGAUCUCCGACAGCUUGCUGUGGCCUCCCCGGCCCCUGAAGGACCAGGUCAUAGAGCUGAGCAUCAGACUGCGAUCGGAAACUUACAACGACGCUCUGAGGGACCCAAGCAGCGUCCAGUACCAGCAGCUGGCCCGCCACUUCACUCGCAGGAUUGAAGAUGCCUUCAGGAGGCUGCCGGGCUUCAAGAGCGUCUACGUCCUCGAGUUCAGGCCGCAGAAGGACCUGGAACGGGGUCUGGUGGUCCUGGUCCGCUAUGUCAUCACGCUGGAGGUCUCGGGGGGCCGCGGCGUUGCCAACGAGACCCUGGACUUCAUCUCCCUGCAGAACAACCUGGUGGAGAAUAGCUACCCUGGCGCGGCCGAGACCCCCACCGUGGUCUACACCAUCACCGACUUUCGCAACUACAUCACUGAGGCCCUGCACCGAGACCACUUCCUGUCCAACGGCAGCUUGGAGACCGUGAACGUGUUUCCUGACGUGAAACCUACGAGUCGGCCGGCCGACACCGUCAACAACAUGGACAACGUGCUAGCGGCGGAGAAGCCUCCGGACGCCCCGAGUCACGAGGCAGACGCCACCAACGUUUUCCUCAAAGACGACUUCCUGGUCGACCCCCUCGACCAAUGGGAAGGCCCGCAGGGCGCCGCGCUGAGCGAGAACGACGUCUUCCUGUUCGACGAGAGCACCGAUCCCCCCCCCGCCGCCGAGUUCCCCGGGAAGACCGGGGGCAUGCACACACACAGUCAGAUCCAGACUGACCCAUUGGCGUUGGCCAGACCCAGACUGACCCAUCGGCGAAGGUCAGAUCCAGACUGUCCCAUUGGCGUUGGCCAGACCCAAACUGACCCAUCAGGGUUUGCCAGAUCUAGACUGACCCUUCGGCGUUGGCCAGAUCCAGACUGA